AUUUGAAGUUCCCGCAAAAAUAACCUUACUUUUUCCAAUUGUCAACUGCAUUUACUUUUUCAUACAAUUUUGUUUUGAUAAUGAUUAGUUUAUUGAUUUCUCCGCUAAAAUUUGCUCUUAGGUGCUCGUAUAGGCCAAGUUUUUCAAGGCCUCUAAUCAAUAGUAAAUUUCUUAGCAAAAAAGCCCUAGAUGUAAAUACAAAUGUGACCAAGGAUGUUAUUUUGUUCAAAAACCCGAACGACAAAUUUUACAAAAUCAUCAGUAUAUUUGCCGUUUUCCAGUUCGGUUUUUGGACUUAUUUAUCGAUAUUCGCGUACACCACAUUGAAAGACUCACCUGUAGAUACAGAAAAAGCCAAAGCUUGGUAUGAAAAAAUAAACCUAGGCGAGAACAAAUACCGGAACGGUUUAACUUUGAUUUCAUUUUUAAUAGGCUGGGGUUUAUUAUCAGUAUCUUGGAUGUACUGUCUAAGAUCAGUAAAAUACCUUAUACUGCGUAAGGGUGGCAGAGAAGUUACCAUUGUCACAUUUACUCCUACAGGCAGAAAUCGGAUGUUCACAUUAGGAGUAGAAAACAUUAACUGUAAAGAAUUAAGGCAAACUGCGAAGGCACACAUACCGUUAAAAGUGAAAGGACACUCAUUUCAUUAUUUGCUGGAUGUUACGAAGGGCGAAUUUAGGAACCCGCUGUUAUUUGAUCAUACUGCAGGGCUGAGAAGAGACUGGAAGUCUUGAAUGUACUUUAGAUAAAUCGCUGUUUCUCAAGAAUAGUGAUACUAUUGAAAAAAAGUUUUUUUCAGCAGAGGAUUUUUAAUAUUUUUUGUAGAACAAUUUCGGAUAACUGAAGAGAAAGUUAAUAGCUUGGAAUUAGAAAAAUUAUCAAUUAUUGACCUUUCAGAUUCAUUGAAUAAAAUAUCAGUAUGUUUUCAAAAUAUCCCAUUGUAUUACUUUUUUUGCAACUUUACAGGAAUGUGUUUUUAUUCCUAAA